CAUACUGAUAAAGACUGGGGACUGUUUAGUUUAGUGCGUCAAUAGUUGUUCACAUUUUAUUGGACCCCUUGUUCGAAUCGUUUCAUAACUGUAUUUAGAUAUUGCAAAGCUGACUGGUUUACACAGAAAGCAGACACGCAAGGUUUAACUGUGAGACGGAGGACUGUAAAAAUGAUUCCAUCAUAAGCAAGGAAUAUAACUGGUAUUAUCAGAGUGGUUUUACAAUUCUCAUUUUUAUUCAGGUAUGAAUCUUAAAUUACCUCCUUUAGGAAGAGGCAGGUUCAAAGAGUUUUCUUGGCUAAUAUCUGUCGGUGUUUCACAACUGACGAGUACAUUUUCCUGUCCUCAGCGAAGUCAGCGAGAUUACAAAUAAUCUUGUGCUAAAUUUUGCGGCUAGAACGUGAGAAUGGAAUUGAUGCAGAUUACCUUGCUAUCGACGUUUUUGGCUGUGUUUAUUAUUCAAUGUCCAAUGGCAAAUGGUCGGAUUCUUAACAGUAGACAGAAGGAAAACAUACAAAACAAUGAUAGCGUCAUGGCCCCUCCUGGAAAGGUUCCAGCUAGUAUAGUCACUUCUGUCAAGGACGGAGUAUCCCCAACUAAAGCAUUCAACCAUCCAAGCAACAAUACUACCUCAACGAACAGAAACGCAUUGACUGUUGAUCGUUUUAGGGCACAAAGGUCAAUAAGAAAGGCAAAAGCAAAGGUGCUAAGCGCAGUUCAAAACUCUACAACAGUGAAAAGACAUUCGAGUGGUCGUCGUGGGUGGCGUGGUGUCAGAAGUGGAGUCAAACAGACAAAAAGACGUGUUAGAAAUAGUGUCAGGCACAGAGGCAUACGCGUGGACAUACAAAACGUCACCAACAUUACAGAUUUAAAUUACACUGCAAUUCAAGGCAGUGUUCAAAACAAGUUAAACCUAACGAUGUUUGCUCACGGGAGGAAACAUCCUUGUAACUGGGUCAACACAACCGCAAUGAAAUUCAAAACUGGCAAUAUCGAGUGCAGACGAUUACAAACCACUGAUCUGCAGCAGCAAAUGAAUUGUCGUGGAAUGUACAAUCACAAGUAUCUAGCAUCGUCUUUUAAAGAAGCGUUGCGAUUUAAAGAUCUGGAUACAGGAAAAACGAUGAACCUAAGCAAUUCCUUUGUCUUGAAUCGUUCAUCCUCCAGACGGCAGAAGAAGGCAGUUGAUAUUGACCCGGGGGAGACUUUGAUCGUUAAAUGUCACGCGACCAAAACGCCCACAGAAUCCGGGCAUUUAAGAAUCUGUCCCUCAUGUUCGGCCAUCACACGACAACCAUCGACGCCACGAAGAUUUCCGGAGUAUAUUAAUGAGUUAUUGUGCGAUCCUCAAAUGGUGUCAAGUUAUCUUCCUGGUAUUGAUGCGUUUUGUGUGCAAAAGACUUUCACGCUUGAUUUGCUGCAGUCUACUGACGACUGGGAAUUGAAUCCUGUAUUAAGCGCAGAGGCUGGGUACGAUAUUUACACAGAGAAAUGGGAAGUAUACACUCAAACGAUACGACGUCACUGCGCAUGCGAACUGUUACCCUCAAGUCCGAUGGCGAUGUAUUUAUGACAGGGUGUAUCAAUAUAUUUUUUUCUGUUGAUGAUUUGUCGUCACCUUUCUCCUUGACAGUGUAUCGUUACUAAUGAAAAACAAGGCGUUGAUCGGCUUCAGUAAAAGAUCCCUCCAGGUAUUUCAGAGCGAUUAUUCCUAGAGAGAAAGCAAGGCUUAAUUUCCAAAAAUGUAUGCAACAACUUUGAACCUCUAAAAUGACGCUCAAAAUGUUGAGACGGAAUCCGCUCAAAGUUCCAGCAAUAAGUGCAAAAAUAAUUUACUAAAAAUCUACUCACAGCACGGUUACUUUUUGAGUACUAUUUAAAUCAUCUCACUGUAAUUCAUUUCUGUAGACCCCGCGAUUAGAUCCCCAAGCAUUCUCGAGAAAUUUAAUGUCAAACCCGUAAUUAAGAAUGCUUAAUGUGUGCGUUAUUGUGUUUUCAACUAACGCGAAAAGUCCGUUUUUAUUGAAAUAUGGAUAACUUCAAGUUCAACUUUCUCUCGCGGGGUUAGCUUGAGAUCCUAAGUCUCGAUAAGUUCUUCUUAGCUUUAUACUACCAUGCUAUGAGGUUUUUUUGGUAACUUAAUUUUUCAUUGCGCGAAUGUUCUGCGGAAAUCGCCUUAAUUCUUUUGAAAGAAAUCAGCAACGACAAUGACGUGAAACUUCGGUGUUGAAAGACUACAUGGUACAUGUUUGUUCAUGAACAGUCUUUAAAAUUUACAACCUGUCGCUUAUAAUUCUACUUAGAUCUUUAGAGGGAAUUUUUUUAUGAAGUAAGAAUUCCGUUUGCUUUUUUGAUUGUUUCUAUAUUUAGAGCAAAUAACUUCUAGACUUAUCUCUUCAAAAUAAAACAAUUCGUAACCAAAUCCGAUACAUUUGAGUUAUAGUAACAAUAUAGAAAACACUUAUUCUUGCUCUGUAUUCGAGAUGGCAAAGAAAACACUGGAAGAGUCAUUUGAGAAGUUCAGUUGAGAAAGGUGUUUUUCUAUGUCGUUUUACUUGUGCUCUUGCUCACCCACUGUUUCAAGACAGUGAGAGGAAGAGUCAAUUACUAGGCUCUUACGAAUAUUAGACCUGUAUCACCUUGACUUACAUCAUAUAGUUUGUAACUAGGUACCUUACGAAUUGAGUUUGACGUAUUUUGAUGCGUUACUUGUACUUUGUUGCUGCGACCAUGCAACAAUUCCACAGAGCGAAAUACUUUAUAUUUUCUGUUGCAAAAAGACAAACUGAAAACAGAUUGUAAUCCUGUUAAAAAGUUUGCUAUACACUCUAUUUAAUAUAUAAGAAUAUUGUUUUUUCGGCUUAGGUGAUCAUUCUAUGUUCUAUAUUCUUGUGAAUAUUCUUAGAUUAUGGGUCGACUACGUCGACACAACGUCCGAUUAUCUGUCCUGUAUCAUGACCUUAAUGGCGUUGGAGUAAUUUUGGAGCCAGACGGCAGGUAAUAAAGCCUGAUGUGACUCACAUAACUUCUUGCAGAAAUGUUAUUAGCAUAGAACAUACAGCUAGAGCUGUUUUUGCUUGUCUUUUGGUGGUUUUGCCAUUUGGGAAAGGAAGAAUCUUUAUACGUACGGUUCAGUUAAAGACAUGAAAUUGUAGUGUACUUACACAUUUUCAACACUCAAAAUUAUAAUCUCUUCAGAAUCUCGACUUCGCGGGUUAAUUCUUAUAAUAUUCUUUAACUUUUGCAAAUGUUAACCUCGAUUAUCUAAUAAAGUAUAUUUUUAUGAAUAAGAGAGUGUAAAGGUUGAAAAAGUUGUUAAGAUUCCUAGCUACAAACACUUCAACUACGUUCGUUUUUAUCCUUUUUUUCUCGUGUUGCUAUUAAUGGACAUUUACUUAAUCAUAUGAAUUAUGAGUAUUUGUAUCAACUGUUAUAUUGCACAGUUGGCCUUUUGACAGACGAUAUUGUUUGACAAGAAAGUAUGAAUACUUUGGCUAGUCUAUAGCAUGCACAUCAACUUUGUAUCAAAAAUUUAGAUUUUAUAUAUCAAGACUGAAUAAACAUGUAUAUGUAUAUGAAAUACUAAAUAAGAAUGCAAUAAAGUUUAUAAGUGCAAACUAAGUGGAGGGGUAGUGGUGGGCUAAAAUAUUAAACAGAAAAUUCACGUAAAGUACAAAAAAGAACAAAAUAAUUCAUUAGCGUGCCACUAGCUAGAAUUGCUGGCCAAUAUUGCUUAGGGAACAGAUACAUGGAUUCCUUAUUUGGCAAUACAGUCGGUAUAUAUAUACUGUUUUGGCUGGUAAAGCCUUGCUGUUUCUUAAAGCUGGUUUAAAACUAUAAAGGAAUUCCUGUCUGGAUGGAUCACAACUGAGCAUAUCUUGAUGAAAGGUUGGUGAAUCUUAAACUUUUGUACACGGCUUUAUUUUGUUUUGUUUUGUUUUUUUCACGGUAUAUUUUCUUAGAACAUCCAUGUAUUUGUUAUGUUUGAUCUUGCCUUUUUACCUAAAGACAAGAUGAAUAACGUUCUUCAUUCGAGCCCGGGCAUGUGGUUUUAUUGGCGACUCUGCUUCAAAGAGUUCUGUUUUUGAUAAGAUAACAGCUAAAGCCUUAAUCAUAUAGAAUUAUUCAGUUCUUUAGUGAAACGUAAUUAGGAUCUAGUAUGCAAUUAAAAAGCGACAAUUAAUUAGACGAGAUUGGUAUCAGUUAUUUUGUGCAAAAAGUCCAGUUUUCUUUCCACCUAAAGUUCUUAAGGGAGGUAUGCGCUUUCUCUUAUCAGUUGAGUGGAGUUUCUACUGAAGAUGCAACAAGAUUCAACUAAGUGC